AUGUCUAUCGAUAUCGAACUAGUCAAAUCUAUCAAAGCACACGGUGAUAAGGUCUGGUCCGUCGCUGCACACAAGAAGUUGCCUUUGUUGGCCACUGUAUCCACAGAUAAGAUUUGCAAGAUUUUUGACUUACAAUCACUAGAACAAAUUGCAGAACUUGACGAUACACACAAGAGAAGUAUAAGAUCUGUUGCAUGGAAACCUACAGGCGAUGAUCCAUCAUUAGCAUGUGGCUCUUUUGACUCCACUAUAUCAGUUUGGGGUGAAGAUUACGAUGAAUGGUCUCUUUUAGCUGUUAUUGAAGGUCAUGAAAACGAAGUCAAAGGUGUAAGUUGGUCCAAAGAUGGUUAUUUCCUUGCAUCAUGUUCCAGAGAUAAAAGUAUAUGGAUCUGGGAAGCUGAUGAUGCCAAUGAAGAAUUUGAAUGUAUCAGUGUCUUACAAGAACAUUCUCAAGAUGUUAAACAUGUUAUUUGGCAUCCAUAUGAAGAUUUAUUAGCUUCAUCUUCAUAUGAUGAUACUAUAAGGCUAUGGAAAGAAGAUGACGACGACUGGACAUGUGUUGCACAAUUAAAUGGUCACCAAGGAACAGUUUGGGCAUCUGACUUUGAAAAAUCUGAAGAUUCAAUUAGACUAGUCAGUGGGAGUGAUGAUUGUACAGUUAAAGUUUGGAAAAGAGUUUCAAGUGAAGACGAAGAGUCUUUUAGAGGUGAUUCUACUGAAGUUUGGGAAUUAGAAGCAACAUUACCUGAAGUACACACAAGAGCUGUUUAUUCCGUUAGUUGGAGUGAACAAUCUGGUAGAAUUGCAAGUAUAGGUUCAGAUGGUAAACUAGUUAUAUAUGAAGAAGUAAAAAACGAAGAUAGUGAGAGCCAAUGGAAAAUUAUUGCUAAAAGAGAAUUAUCUCAUGGUGUUUUUGAAGCUAAUAGUGUUCAAUGGACAAAAAGUUUUAUAGAUGGUUCAGUGGAGAAUUUGAUAACAGGUGGUGAUGACGGUCAUGUUAACAUCUGGGGUAUACCCUUACGUUAA